CACCGGUCCACUGUGUCCGAGGGAUCGCUGAAAGGGCUGAAGAUGUCGGCUCGGUCAUGUAAUCAGCUGUGUCCAAUCACAGCUGAUCACAUGGUACAUGUGCACUGAUCAUCAGGGCACUGAUGAUCAGUGUGCCCUGAUGAUCAGUGUGGCCCCAGAAGUGCCACCUGUCAGUGCUCAUCAGUGCCAGUGCCACGUGCCAGUGCCAGUGCCACAUCAAUGCCACAUAUCAGUGUAUACCAGUGCACAUCAAUGCUACAUAUCAGUGCCCAUCUGAGCUGCCUUUCAAUGUCACCCAUCAGUGCCAGUCAGUGUCGCCUAUCAGUGCCAAUCAGUGCCGCCUUUCAGUGCCCAUCAGUGAUGCCUGUCAAUGCCUAUCAGUGCCACCUAUCAGUGUCCAUCAGUGCCCAUCACUGCAGCCUUAUUAGCACACAUUAGUGAAG